AUGGAACUCGGACGUUAUAUCUUCCAGUUACCCUCGGACGAGGAACUCCAGGUCUUGGAGCAGAAGAUCAACUAUUCUUUUUCCAACCGAACUCUGCUCCGGGAGGCACUCCAACCCGCGACCUGGGUUAACGAAGAUGGCAAUAAGAAACUUGCAAUGGUGGGCAAUUCAAUUAUGCGCCUGGUAAUUGUGAAUCACGGCCUCAAAGGAAAGAAGACGCGUGGUCAAAUCUCCGAUAUGUUCACCCUUAAGGCUAGCAAAUCCUCUCUUUGUGCGCAGGGCUUCUAUCUCGGUAUUUCCAAAUUUGUCGUCAAAAGACCUACCCAAUUAGUCGUUGGACCGACUAUCAUGGCGACCACCAUGGAGGCAAUCGUCGGGGCAGUCUACCUUGACUGCAAUGAGCAGAUCCAGCCGUGUGCCGUUGUCAUGAAUGCAUUGGAUAUUGCUUGGUCUGAGUAA